GCCCGGCCCACGGCCGCCUCCCGCCCCCGCGGCCGGUCUGCACGUGCCCGGCGAGCAGCCUCGGGCGCCACCGUCCCGAGAACUUUCCGUCCUUCUCGGGCUAGGGGUCGGCGGCGGGGAGCGACCGGGGCCUCUAGGGAAUUCCUUCACCCGACUCGGCGGGCGGACCUUCCCAAGUGGAAGGUGCCCGCUCCCAAGUCCAGCCCCGACCCUCGGGCGCCUCGGAGAAGCUCCCGGGAACGACGGCCAGGCGGCAGCGCGGAGCCGGGCCGAGCGGGAGGAACAAAGGGAGCAGCGGGCCGGGGAGGAUGCUGCGCUCCCCUGCGCCCCACCCGGCCGGCUCGCGGGCGCUGCCUCGCGCGCAGGUUCAUUCCACCUCCCAGCGCUUUAGGACCUCAGGUGCCGACCCCAGAGACCUGCCAUGAAACCACACUUGAAGCAAUGGAGACAACGAAUGCUGUGCGGGAUCUUUGCGUGGGGGCUCCUCUUCGUGGUGAUCUUCAUCUACUUCACCGACAGCAGCCCUGCUGAGCCUGCGCCCAGCUCCCUCUCCUUCCUGGAGACCCGCAGGCUCCUGCCCCUGCAGGGGAAGCAGAGGGCCAUCAUGGGCGCCGCGCAGGAGCCCUCCCUGCCGGACGGCGUGGGCACCAACAACGGGCUGCUCCAGGGACACCCGGCUGGCCCCUUGCCCAGGGGGCCCGGCGACCUGCAGAAAUGGGCCCAGGUGCAAGAUGGGUUUGAAAACAGAGCAGAGUUCUUGUCAUCCCAGAUCGGGAGGAAGUCUCAAAGUGCCUUCUACCCGGAGGACGACGACUACUUUUUUGCUGCUGGUCAGCCCGAGUCGCACGGCCACCCUCGGGGCACGCUGGGGUCCCUCUCCGCCGAGGACCCAGGCCGGCCGGAGGGCCUUCUGCCGGCGGGCCAGGCCCAGAGGAGGCGGGUGAGGAAGAGGCCCCACCACCAGGGCCGGAGCCGCGCGCUGGAGGAGGGCGACGACGGCGCCCGGCCGUCCGCCUCCAUGUCCCGGGCCUUCCUGCAGCGGCUGUGGCAGGGGGCCGUGUCGGCGCGCAUGCUCGCGCCGCGCCUGCAGAAGGCCAUGAGGGACUACCUGAGCGCCAACAAGCACGGCGUGCGCUUCCGCGGGCGGCGGGCGGCCGGGCGGGGCCGCGCGGAGCUGCUGUGCGAGCUGCGGCGCCGGGUGCGCGUGCGCACGCUCGACGGCACGGAGCCGCCCUUCUCGGCGCUCGGCUGGCGCCGCCUCGUGCCGCCCGUGCCGCUGGGCCGGCUGCACCCGCGCGGGCUGCGGAGCUGCGCCGUGGUCAUGUCGGCCGGCGCCAUCCUCAACUCCUCCCUGGGCCCGGAGAUAGAUUCUCAUGAUGCAGUUUUGAGAUUUAACUCUGCUCCUACACGUGGCUAUGAGAAAGACGUUGGAAAUAAAACCACCAUGCGCAUCAUCAAUUCUCAGAUUUUGACCAACCCCAACCAUCACUUCAUUGACAGUUCAUUGUAUAAAGACAUCAUUUUGGUGGCCUGGGAUCCUGCUCCUUAUUCUGCAAAUCUUAACCUGUGGUACAAGAAGCCAGAUUACAACCUGUUCACUCCAUAUGUUCAACAUCGUCAGAGAAACCCAAAUCAGCCAUUUUACAUUCUUCAUCCUAAAUUUAUAUGGCAGCUUUGGGACUUUAUCCAGGAGAACACCAAGGAGAAGAUUCAGCCCAACCCACCAUCUUCUGGCUUCAUUGGAAUCCUCCUCAUGAUGUCCAUGUGCGGUGAGGUGCACGUGUAUGAAUACAUCCCGUCCAUCCGGCAGACGGAGCUUUGCCACUACCACGAGCUGUACCACGACGCGGCCUGCACGCUCGGGGCGUACCACCCGCUGCUCUACGAGAAGCUCCUGGUGCAGCGCCUCAACACAGGCGCCCUGGGGGACCUGCACCGCAAGGGGAAGGUGGUCCUGCCGGGCCUCCGGGCCGUGCGCUGCCCUGCGCCCCACUCCGCUGGUCCACACUCUUGAAAGGGGACUCUUGGGAAUCAAUGUGCAAUAAGGUACUACUGUGGUACUCUAAGUCACAAAAGAAUACUUGAAGAUAUAUUUUAGGCGAUGUAGUCUUGAGUCUUUAGAGUGUAGUGUAGUGGUGACCAUGAGAAUUCUUCUCUUUCAAAGCCAUUGAGUAUUUAUUACUGCUUUGAAUAUAGAAAUGGAAUUAAAAGGAAAAAAAAUCUCAAGAAAGAUGCAAAAAAAAAAA